UCUUUUUCCUUUCCGCAGACGCUUCCCAUGGAUACCAGCCCCCCGAUCCCAGACCCUGGCGGUCCCCGAAGGGAUUUUGCCACCUCGGCCUCUGAGCUGGGCCCACCCUCCUUCGAAUGGCUGCUGGGGCGGCUGGGGGCGAGGGGGCAACGUCGGCAGCGCCUCCUGCUGGCCCUCAGCUGCCUGCCUUGCCUCCUCCUGGGCCUCGCCUUGGGCUCGGAUGCCCUCUUCACUCUCAGCCCUUCACAUCACUGUGGGGACCCCAAUGGCACUGGGCUGCCCGAGAACGCCACCUGUCAUAGCCCCCACUGCCAAAGUGGGGAGUCUGGAGGACUCCCAGCCCUUACCAGCAACCCAGUGACCGAGUGGUCCCUCGAUCAUUCCCGCAGCUGGAUUGUCCCCUUGGAGCAAAUUUGUUUUCUCCUGGGCUUCGCUGCAGGAGCCGUUUUCCUGGGUCACCUGGCAGACAGCGUGGGGCGACGGAGUACCUUCCUCCUGGCCCUCGCUCUUGGCUGCCCCGCAGGUAUGCUGGCCGCCUUUGCAGCCUCCCCCUCGGUCUUCAUGCUAGGGCGAUGCCUUUGGGGCACGAUGCUGGGAGCCAUGCAGCUCGCCCUUUACAUUAGCCGCCUGGAGCUGUGUGGUCCUUCACAGCGGCUUCCAGUAGCCAUGGCAGGAGACCUGGUUGCGGUUGGAGGGCAGUUCCUCCUGCUGGGUCUGGCGUUGGCCUGUGGCAGUUGGCACGUGCUGCAAGGGGUGAUAUCAGCCGGCAUGGGGGUUUGCCUGCUGUACGGCUGCCCAGGACUGUACCCCGAGUCACCCCGUUGGCUCCUGGCCACACGUCGAACAGCUCAAGCCAAGGAUGUCUUGUUAACCCUGUGCCAGGACGGUAACACCCAGGAAUCCGAGACCCGGGAGGCGCUGGAGGAGCUGGACAAUGCUUGUCACCUCCCUGCAGCUGCUCAGAUCUCACUCCAUGCCCUCCUGUCCUGCAGAAACAUCUGGAAAAACAUUCUGAUCCUUGGUUUUACCACAUUCAUAGCCCACGCUAUCUGCCACUGUUACCAGCUGGCCUGGAAAUCCCUGGAGGAUCCACGUGCCAAGUUCUACCUCCCCUUCCUGUUGUCGGCUGGCAGUGCGGGUCUCAGUUGCCUCUUUCUGUGCCUCACCGUAGACCGGUAUGGACGUCGUGGGAUUCUGCUCCUCACCACGACCCUGACUGGCAUUGCCUCUCUUAUCCUGCUGGGCCUGGGAGAAUAUCUCAACAACGCUGCACGAAGAACGUUCUCCAUUCUCGGCCUCUUCAGCUCCCACGCAGCUGGCUCACUCAGCAUCUUCUUUGCUGCUGAAGUCAUCCCCACCGUUAUCAGAGGGAAGGGCCUUGGCAUCACGCUGGCCCUGGCUUCUCUCGGAGGGCUGAGCGCCCCGUUGCUCCGGUUGCGAGAGCAGCAUGGCUCCUUCCUGGAACACAUUGUGCUGGCUUCCCUCAACAUCCUGGCGCUUCUCUGCCUGAUGCUGCUGCCGGAGAGCAAGCGCAAACCGUUGCCCGAAGGUCUCCAGGAUGGAGAACUCUAUAGGAGGCCCUCGCUGCUCCGGCGGGCCGGGGAGUCUGUGGGCCGGGACUCCCAGGGGGUGACACGGCGUGACGACGUCCCCUUGCUUUCCACCCCGAACCCUGCAAGCUGAUGUCACUGCCACGGCUGUCUCGGUCUGCCUCAAUGCAGGUUAAUCCAAGGCUCUACCACCUUGGCCAACCCAGGUUAGGGUUGGCUCGUCAAGUGAACGCAAGGGCUGAAAGGGCGCCUGAGGGAUCUCUGCUUUGUUCCUUUUCAUCUCCGCUGCACCCGAAGCAGAAACCUGAGCAAUGCCGGUCACUUCUUUAAACAGACGGACUAGAUCUUGGGAAUGCAACUCCUAGUAUUCACAGCCAGUUGUCCCAAAAUCUCUCGAGAGCACCAGUGAAGACCUUCGGGGUACCCACCAGACUUCAUUCCAGAGAUGAACAGUCUGCGAUUAAAUUUGAAACUAGGGUCAAGCCAGAACCCAGAUGACUCGUCCACAGACGUUCAAGGACGUAGACACUUUGCUGGAGAGAAGAAUCUGAAAACUUUCCUCGUGGAAGAGAAUCUUUAUACCCUUUCUACAAACGCAUCUCUUGGCAAGGGAAGAGUUUUCGGGCUUACGAACUGCUGUAUGCCAAGAAGGAUACGGCAUCAGAUUUCCUCGGACAAGGGCUGCGUAUGUCUCUGAAAGUGCUUCGCUAAUAGGACAGUUUCUCCGGUUUUUAAAAUCCCUCAUGGAUUUUUACAGUUCUUCUAGGGACCACGUAGGGGGGAGGGCUGGGGGUGUCAUACCUGGAGAUAAUUCUUUUCGUUUCCGUUUUACAGAUCUAGGCAAAGGGAACUAGUGCCAGGAGUCUGUGGACUAGUGUCGGAGGCAAGAUCCAAGUUUUCAACCUAUGCAUUCAUCCCAUUUUUAAUAAUUGUGUCAACAACACACCUCCGUUGGCAAAGGGCUUUCAGCAUGUUGGACCAGAGGUGACCAAAUCCCAAAGUGGAAUCUUUGAAUUCUUUCAAGUGCAUGAUCCCCCCCGCCCCACCUGGAAAGGAUGACUAGAUCAGGCCACUCUUUUCUUGGCAGCCGUCUCUCUUGUCUGGACACAGGAAAUGUCCCAUCAUUGCACUGGUCAUUUGGCCAGUUUCUCAUUUAAGUCUCUGCAGAACUCCAGCCAGGAAUCUCUUAGUCUAACAAUAUUGUCUCCGCUCCUCAGCAGCAGAAACAAAGAGGGAGAUGGCUUCGGAUAUUUGUUUCCUGUCCCAGUUCUGGAAUAUAUGUGCAAUUUCUCGCCAGUUACCAGUCAUUUUUCUGGGCCCAGAAUAAAUACCAGUUUUUUUUUACCAACAGGAGAGCGAUGAUCGCUGUAGGAAUGGCAUGGCCGCCACAUGCCGGGAGGGUCCACUCAGGCAGACGCACACCCGUGCGCACACACUACCCCCUCUCCUCCCC